AUGGAUCCUCUAUUUCAGAACCUUCUUUCUCAAAUACAUUUAACCAUGCUUUGGUUCUCUGCCAUAGCUAUCAUCUUUGAACACAGUGGCUCUGUUGUAAGCCUGCCAAACAAUGAAACCAUACCAGCAGUCUUUGCUUUUGGAGACUCCAUAGUGGAUCCAGGAAACAACAAUUAUAUUAACACUCUCGUCAAGUGCAAUUUCCCACCAUACGGUAGAGAUUUCGCUGAGGGAAAUCGUCCGACUGGGAGGUUUAGCAAUGGUUUGGUCCCCUCAGACAUCAUAGCUGGUAAAUUUGGUGUCAAGAAGCUUUUGCCAGCUUAUCUGGAUCCAAGCCUGCAUCUCCAAGACCUCCUCACCGGUGUAAGCUUCGCCUCCGGUGGUGCUGGAUAUGACCCUAUCACUUCUGAAUUAAUGUCUGUAAUACCUUUAUCAGAUCAGCUGAACAUGUUCAAGGAGUACAUAAAGAAGAUAAAGGAUGAAGCUGGAGAAAGCAGAACGGCGAUUAUAAUAUCAAAGAGCGUAUACGUAGUCUGCAUAGGAAGUGAUGACAUUGCCAAUACUUAUGUUCAAACACCAAUUAGGCGAAUCCAGUAUGACAUUCCAUCUUAUACAGACUUAAUGGCUUCACAAGCUUCACACUUCUUGCAGGAGCUUUAUGGAAUAGGUGCUAGAAGAAUUGGAGUAUUUGGUAUAACAGCAAUAGGGUGUAUGCCGUCACAGAGAACAAUAGAAGGAGGCAUCCUUAGAGAAUGCUCAUACAAUGCCAACCUAGCAGCACUUCUCUUCAACUCCAAGCUCACUUCUGAAAUGGAUGCCCUUAACAAGAGGUUUCCAGAGUCAAGGCUUGUCUAUCUUGAUGUUUAUAACCCUUUGCUUACACUUCUUCAAAACCCAUUUACAUAUGGUUUUAAAGUGACAAACAAAGGGUGCUGUGGAACAGGAAAUAUAGAGGUCGGCAUCUUGUGCAAUCCUUACAGCAUAAAUACGUGCACAAACUCCUCAGACUACGUAUUCUGGGACAGUUACCAUCCUACAGAGAAGGCCUAUCAUGCCCUUAGUUCUCUGGUGCUUGAUGAUAAAAUUAAGGACUUCUUUUAG